UCAGUCACCAACUUCGAUUUUGUCCUCCGUUCGGGCGUAACUACUACCGUUCAAAUUUGCUGCCGAACCAGCGAUGACUGAUUCGAUACAUGCGACAAAGGGUCAGUCUAUAUCCGGGAAUGAUUGAAGUCAGACAGGAAGAAACCCAAUCGUGAAUUAUGGAAAAGGAAAAUGAUUCUGCCGGAGAAGAUGAGCUGGACGUUCUUGGAUUUGGAAGCAAAUCUAACAGUUCUUCGAAGCUCUCCUCUGAGCGUCCGGUAUCGAGACCAACGCUAGAAGAAUACUAUGACACGACAAACAAACGUCGUGGAGUCGCUUUGGUGUUUUGUCAUAUGAAUUUCAAUUCGAUGGCAAAGCGCAAUGGAACCGAUAAGGAUCGUGACGACAUUUGCAGCAUUUUAUACGACCUAGAUUUUGAUGUGCGAGUUUUUGAUGACCUCAAUCGACAGAGGGUGCUCGAAACACUGAAAGAGGUUUCCCAGGAGGAUCAUUCUGACAGCGAUUGCUUGGUGGUCGUAGUAAUGUCCCACGGCGAACAGGGGGUCGUCUACGCCAGAGACAACAAAUAUAAUGUCGAUUCGCUGUGGAAGAACUUUGUCGGGAACGCGUGUCCAUCGUUGAUUGGAAAACCGAAGAUGUUCUUUAUUCAAGCCUGCCGAGGGGAACAAUUUGACCAAGGAGUUCAGUUCAGACCGUUGAAAGCAGCCCCAAAAGAUAUGGUUGACUCAAAGAAAGACCAGGUUGUGUUUUCAAUUCCUGCGAUGGCCGAUUUACUGGUGAUGUACUCCACUUUCGAAGGGUACUAUUCGUGGAGAAACCCUCGGCAAGGAUCAUGGUUCAUACAAUCGCUUUGCAAGGAACUGAAGGAAAACGGAAAGGUACGGGAUCUGUUGACACUGCUGACGGGCGUUUCGAGAAGGACUGCCUACGAGUGGCAAUCGUUCGUGCCACACGAUGAACGUAUGGAUGCUAUGAAACAGAUUCCGUGUAUAGUUUCGAUGCUGACCAAGACGUUUUAUUUUACUAAGAAAACUAGAAGUAAGGUUGUGACAGCUAUCGAUUAAGGCUAAUGUUAUUUAUUUCGAUAUGCACUUACCCGAAGCAUAAAAAAUAUAACAAUUGCAAAAAUAUCAUAUUUUC